AUGCCGCAACUUCCUCGCUAUGAAUAUACCGGCCCGGUGGAUUGUAGCAUCCCACCGGACCGCAAAGUUCUGAAGGGGAAGAGUGUCAUUAUCACAGGAGGCGCAAAUGGCAUGGGUGAAGAAACAGCACGCGCAUUUGCCGCAGAGGGGGCAUUUAUCACAAUCGCAGAUCUAGAUGAAGCACGAGGCAAUAAUUUGGCUGCUGAACUAAGCCCGAACGCCCAGUUCAUCAAGUGCAACAUUACUUCUUGGGAAGAGCAAGUCGCGAUGUUCGAAGUGGCAAUUAAGAACUCGCCAUAUAAAAGCUGUGAUAUUGUCAUCGCGAAUGCUGGUAUCAGCCGCGCCUCUGGGGAUGAUCUUUGGCCACUAGAUGACCCGAACGACGCACCAGUCAAGCCAAAACUCAAUAUUGUCAAUGUAAACCUGAUUGGCACAAUGUAUACGUGGAAAUUGGCAGUUCACUACUUCCGCAAACAACCUGAUACCGAGGACCGAGAUCGAUGCUUCAUUAUUACCGGAAGCUUAGUUGCGUGGAUCGACUCUCCAGCAAACUGGCAAUACACCAGCAGCAAAUAUGGACUUCGAGGACUGAUGAGAACAGCCCGUCGAAAUUCUCAUGAACAGGGAAUCAGAAUUAACUAUGUGGCGCCAUGUUAUAUCAAAAGCGCCAUUCGCUCAGCUGCCUAUGAGGCCCAGCUUAUCUCUAAAGGCGUCGAGUUUGCUCCCCAGGAAGAUGUUGCGAUGUGCAUGAUGAAACUUGCGACGGAUCGAACGAUAAAUGGCCACUCGCUCAUGAUUACACCGCGGUCUGUUGCGAAGGAAGGGUUCAAAGAUGUGGACCAGGAUGACCAUGUGGAGGAAGGAUUUUUGAAGCGCAACCAGGAGAUUCAGCUGAGGGUUAUUGAGGACCAAUGGGUACCUGGAUGGAACAAAGGAAUGACUGCAGAAGGGGCAAAGAAGGCCUAA